AUGAAGAAAUACCCAGAAUUCAAUAUUCCCUCAUCACAUAUCUUCAUCAUCAUAGCCGCUGGAGUUCUUGCAGUAAAUGUUGCUUCUCAGAGAUGCGAAUUGGGUCCAGUGAUGUAUAAGAGAGUUUUUACCGACAAGGCCUUCGUGGAUGAUGCGCAGGUUACCAAAACGGGAAUCGCCACUCGCGUCGGUUGUCUCGACGUUUGUGAGAGAAGCCUGGCCGAAGUCUGCACUGUAUUUGUCUUCAACCAAGAACAACAGCUGUGCAAGAUCUACAAACAAAGUCUAAACCAACUGACACAAGUCAACCAAAUGGGAUCUGUGGGAUUCGUACUUGCAGAAGCCACAUGUCCCGCACCACCUUCCCUGCCCAAUGGCAAAGUCACCUACAAUUCAACUGUAGUAGGAAGCACUGCCACCUACAGCUGUGAUGCAGACUACCAGUUUUUUGGACUCAAUCAAUCGAGUGUUUGUGAGACGACUCGAGCGUGGAACGCUCUUAACGGUUCUUGUAAACAAGUGUUUUUCUACAACAUUACACCUCCUCACGAUAUAACUCUUCCUGGAUUAGUUAGGCCUGGAUGGAAGGUAGAGGCAAUAGCAACGCCUCGUCGUCCACAAAGAUCUGUGUAUGGGAUUACACGGUUUAUGGGAUUACCCGGUUUGAGGGAUGAUCCGGUUUAUGGGAUUAUCCGGUUCACGGCUGUUCACGGCAUUCCUUAUCAGUUCCAAGUUUGGGGCGGGACGUAG